UCCUUCAAAGCUUAGGGAAUCCCUGGCAGAAAAGGCAUGAGCUCUGAGUGCUGGGCUCCGAAGGUCUGGGCCUCCACUGCCCUCUGCCUCCUGUUGUUGCCCUCUGCCUCUGCUUUUCCAGGACGCUGUUCAUCACAGAAGAGACUCACUGGGAAAGGGGUGGGGCCAGAAAAGAGCUGAAAACCAGGCCAUCAUCAGGAUUCAGUGAUGCAAACCUCCCCCUCCCAUCACAGUGUCUUAAGUUUCCACCAUGGAUUCACUGCUUGUGUCUCCAUAUCACCCUCCUCCAUUCCUCUUUUAAAAAGGAACUCCACCACCUGCCUUCAGCCCAGAGUCAGUGUUAGUAAAACAUUCAUCAGAUCUUCCUCCUCUGUGAUCUGGAAGAACCCAGAGUCCUGGGUUGAGGUUAAGUCAGAGAAAUGGAGUUGAACUGGGAGAGGGAUGUGCUCUAACCAUCAUGCUGCCCUGCCAGUUGACAGUCACCCUUGAGCUAGGAUGCUUGCAGAAUGGCAGUGCUGGAAGAGACUUCAGGAUUCAUCCACUCCACAAUUCCCUCAUUUUAUGCAUGAGAAAACCAAGAGCCCAGAGAGGGAGAGGGCUUGCCCAAAGUCACCCAGCUGGGUAAGAAGCAGGAUAGAGCCCAAGUCUCUGUCUCUCUUUGCUGACUUUGCUGCUCCGUUUGUUUUCUUUUCCGAGAAGUAGAAGAGGCUAAAGUUACAUGGGUGCAGGGGAGUGAAGCCAUUUCCCUCUGAGCCUCUGGUUCUUCAUCUGUUAAAUGGGAAUCUUCCCUACCAACACACCCACCUGUUCAUGAAGCUUCAGUGAGUAAAUACAGGGGCAACGACUGUGGUGGCAGAAUUUUCUACCUGGUGGCAGCAGGAACCCAGAUUGGAGGAGACUGUGUGGGAUUUGAGUAUGAGCAGGGCAGAUGGGCCCAGAAGAUGUGGGAUCACCUUGUCAUCCUCCCCAGGUGGGGCCCAGGCCUGGAUUGCCAUGGAUACCGUGUCCCUGGAGCAUCAGAUCCAGAGCGUGCAACGACACAUCAGCUUCCUGAAAAAAGAGCAGAUGGCCCUGCUGCGAGACCUGCACCUGGAAAUCCUGAGGCUGCAGAAACGCUGCUCAGAACUGACCCAUGACCUGGAGAUGAGAGAGGCCCAGUCUCACCAACAAGAGGCGGCGUCCCGGGAGCUGGAGAGCAAGUGCCGCGCGCUGGAGUCCCAGCUGGCGGCGCGGGCGGCGGCCAACGCGGAGCUGCGGCGGGAGGUGGCGCAGCGCGAGGCGCUGGUGUCGGCGCUGCGCUGCAGCCUGCGCGCCGAGGAGCGCCGCUUCUUGGAGGAGCUGCGGCGCCGCAGCCACCGCGCCACCGUGCUGGGCACCGAGCUGCAGAAGCACACCGAGGCGGCCGCCUACCUCUCCUGCCAGCUGCACGCGGCGCGCCAGAGACUGCAGACUCCGCGCCCGGGCCCCGGGGCCACCGCCGAGCCCCGGCCCCGCCGGCGCGCACAGCGGGCCCGCCGCUUGCCCGCCGCCGCCGAGGCCGUCGCCAAGGGCCCCGGCCGGGACUGGGCCGCCUGGGACCGCGCGGCCAGCGCCCUGGACGACGUGGACCCCAUGCCCGACCCCGCGCUCUUCCUCUGCGCCCGGAGGCCCCCGCGGCCCAGCGGCCGCAGCCCGCGCCAGCCGCCUCGCCAGGAGCCCCCGGACCAAGCCGGCCUGCAGGCCGGGCCCUGCCGGAGCCCGCCGGGCGCGCCCAGCCCGCCCAGUGCGCCCGGGGACCCGGAGUAGGCGCGGGGCUGGCGGGGUGGGGAGUGGGGGA